AUGAUUCAAAGGUUACACCUCAUCUAUGGCGUCCUUCCCAACACUUUGGUAUUGUUCAUCAUCUUCUUGUGUUUAUCAUCCCUACAUGAGCUAGGGUUUAUUUCCCUUGUCGUGUGGUAUUCAAGAGGGGUUCUUUGUGCAUUCUUGAGUUUAUUAGUGGAUACCAUCACUCAGCGGGUUCCAUCAGUGCUUGAAAUUUAUAGAAGAGGUUAUGGUUCAUUCAAACUUCAAUUUGAGAAAAGUACAUGGUAUGCCAUGAUUUCUAUAGAUGCAAAAUCAAAUAGAAAAAACAUGGAGUUUACAGGAGUUGCGUGGGGUCAUCUCCGAAAAGUCUUGGAACCAAUUGUUAAAGAAUUUCAAAUCAAAAUCAUUCAUAAGGUCAAAUACAUUCAAAAUCGUUACAAUUACUCAAGUACAUUUACAUCAAAAAAACCUAAUCCUAAACCUAAACUACAUCCACCUUCAAGUUGUCCAUUGUCUCCAUAUGCUCGCUUAAACUCCAAUGAUGCUCCUCGCCAAGAUUCCUUUUUUAACAACAAUGACCAAAUCGAAGCUGUUAUUCACCAUUUUAUGAUUCAACAAUACCACACCACUGGUUCUGAUGUUGCUUCUUUGAUGGAAAUUAGGUGGCCUUCUAAUGUUAGACAUAUUGCUCAUGUUACAGAUCGUGCUCAGGCUUCUUCCCGCAACCAAAACCAAGCCCUGCAUAAAAAAAUCAGGAACCAAAUUCAGGAAACCACGAAAACAUAA